CCGCGGAGACCAGCCUGGGUGUCCACAAAGCACUCGCGUGCUUUGUGUCAGUCAAUGACAGUUGGAAGUGGAAGUCACUUCUCCUCACGUCUUGGGACUUUUAUGACAACAUUGGGGCCUAAUGAAAAUCGUAAUACCAGCUGUGAAGCUGUUUUCCCAGCAUGCACCUGAGAGAUGUGCCCUGGGUUAGCCAGAGCAAUCAUCACGGCAUGGAGGCGGCAGCUGGCAGAAUCCCCGCGCUGUCGGAGCCUGACCUCUACCGCAGUGUGCAGGCCAUCCUGCCCCGAGAACGAGACUGUCAUCUCACAGGCAUGCUCAGAUGGACACUCAAUAAGAAGGUUCAGAACCGCCCGGACGGCAACUCGUCCCUGGUUUGUGUCGUCAUCAAAGAGCUGGAGAAGGCCGAGAGGCUGGACUGUCGCAAAAACAUAAUUCCUCUGCUGCACACACUCAUGUACGCUGUGUUACAGACAGCCCACAUGCCUGCUGAGCUCCACAAGCGCGUCUACAACUUCUGCAAGAGGCUCCUGACCUUCCCCCAGCCAUACUGCUCCACAGGCCUCAGCUACAGCAGACUCAUGAAGGCUGAGUGCUGCACUCCAGGCCUGAUGUAUCAGAGGAGGGUUGUAGCCGAACAGAGCUUGAAGAACCAGCAUUACCCCUUUCAGGAGAGGGUGUUUGUUUUCGCGGACCCUGAGGUUUUCUCGGGGCCCCUGGGCAUGCUCCUGCAGGCUGACAUCCAAGCCUCCAACUUGGGGCCCCAUGGGCUCCUGACUCCACUGGACCACAUGAGCAGCGUGAUCCAGCACUCCAUCCAGGCGGCUCUGGGGCCCCAGCGCUGUAACGGCCCCAGCCUGGUCCAGGCCCUCAGGGACAUGGGACAGGAUGUGGAGCCUUACUUCCAGGAAGUGGUAGCGACUCUCGAGCAGAACGCCAAGGAGGGCUGCAUGCCGGGGAAGGGGGGCAUGCUGGGAGGUCGUCUGGAUCAGCUCUACCAAGAAAUUCUGGCCACGGCGCGUGCAGGUCCAUUGUCAUGCGGGCCGCAGUGUGACAGCCGCCUUCCCAACCCAGAGAUCAGCUUCCAUAUGUGGACAGACGAGGAGGACAUCAGGAAGGAGCUGUACAGAUGUGUGCGCUCCUCCUCCAUGUCGGAGCAGUUCUGCCUGAGCCAGGACCCCGGGGACGCCCUGGAGACGUCUGACCUCCUGGACCCUCCGGACACCCCUCGCCACUCGGUCAUGUCCGUGGACAGCGGCAUCGAGCGAGACCUCCCCCCCACCACGGCCGAGGCUGAGUGGUAUGACCAGAUGUCCGCGGACUUACCCGUGUCGCCCUCGGCGGACUUCAAAUGUGGGCAGGAGGUGGCCGGCAGGCUGAGCCGGAAGGGGGGCAUGAAGAUGAAGCCCACGGUGAGCGACAGCAUGGUGCUGAUGCAGGACACCCUGGAGGAGCAUGGGGGUCUGGGUGGGGUCGGGGAGGUCUCCCGAAGGACCCUGCAGCGCCAGACAGGCGGCAGCUCCACCCAGGCCGCACGCUCCUUUUCCAAGGAGCCGCGCCCCUUCACUGCCAGGAUCGUCGUCAUGGGAGAUGACAGGGUGCUGGGACGCCUGGCCAAAGCUUACUACGGUCUCAGGAAAAGGGAAGCGCGGAAGCUCUUUCUGACACAAAAAGUGAACCUCCAGUUUUACUACAUUCCCGUCAGCGCCUCCUCUGUCAAAGAAAAUGUUGCUCCAACCAAGGAGCAAUGUUGUGCGUUUGGCUCCUACCUGGGCAUGGUGGACCCCUGGUAUAACUGUCACAUCCGGAGCCUGGGCGUCACCAUUCCUGAGCUAGCUAAAAAGCACACCAACAUCGGUCAGCAGGAGUCCCUGCUGUCUGACGUCAUCUCCUACUACGUGCGCAUGGGCCGGGAGCCCGUGCGCUUCUCUAUCUACCAGGUGAAGAUCUCCUUCUGCUGCCUGACCCAGGAGCCUGUGGAGCAGGUGUUCCUGUCUCACCUUGAGAUGGAGCUUCCAGAGUUCAGACGCAUCUCUCCCGCCGUCAAAGAGAAACAACAGUGGAAGACUUUGGGCGACAUCAGCGGAGCGGUGGUCUCGAUGAACUACAAAAGGGUGACAUUAAGCGGUCGUGAUGUGGACACCGCUCUCUCCGUCAAGAUGUUCGGCGCCCAGAUCACCGCCAUACCCUCUAAUGAAACGGAAGAUCUGAACUGUUUGACACUGACUUUGAACGAAGCUCAGACCAAGAAUAAAAGCAAUCUGGAGCAGAAGAUCAGGAUCAGUUACAUCAAGAUCCGCUCUCUGGAGAAGCGGUCGUUCACAGUCACCCUGGACAAAGACACUCGGAGGGCCUUCAAAGACGUCCAGAGCAUCGAGAUCUCCUCGUGUCUGGACCCCUGCUACUGCCUCCACAAGUCGAGUCACACCAAGCCCGGCGGGACCGGCGACGGGGCCGGACUGAGCCAGUACAUGAACCGAGGACUUCCCCUGGCCAUCAACACCUUCUCAGGCAUCAUCAACUGACACACACAAACACACUGUCUCUCUCUCUCUCUCUCUCUCUCUCUCUCUCUCUCUCUCUCUCUCUCUCUCUCUCUCUCUCUCUCUCUCUCUCUCUCUCUCUCUCCCUCUCUCUCUCUCUCUCUCUCUCUCUCUCUCUCUCUCUCUCUCUCUCUCUCUCUCUCUCUCUCUCCUCUGAUGGAUCUGUUCUGCGCUGUGUGUGGAAACAGAGAUGAUGCCCCGCAUCGCGUCACCCUGAGAGAGAGGCCGCUGGAUUGCACUGGACUUACAAACUCUCGUGAUGUCAUCAUCAUGCGACAGUCACUCGCACUUUGAGUGCCUGGACGUAGCGACGCCUCAGGAAUAUGGUUGGGUGAAGUCGGCUGGAUUCUGGGAUGGGGUGGGAUCGGGGCCGGGGGUUUCCCGUGGGGCACACAGAACGAUGAGGCUUGUGGCCGGCGUGUGUGAGUUGAUCACGUUCCUCAGAACAAGGGUGGAGUCUACAGUGGGUAGACCUGCAGCGUUACUGCUAAGUGCUGAGGUCUGUUACCUUAGGGGGGUGAGCAACAAUCUGAAUGCUGAUGUUCUCGUUGGACUUGAGUUGCAACACUCCCGUACACACUACCAUCUGCUCAAGAGACCCAGGAUAUAAAACGUGUGUGUGUAUUUGUGUAAAAGGAAGAAACACAGAGAAAUGCAGGCUGACGUUACACACUUUAAUGCGCUGUAUUGAAUGCUAUUCUCUUUUUAAAUGUGGACAUGAAAUAUUUUCAGCCCCUAAUAUAUAAGCACAUUAUUUAUUAAUGUGUUCAGAGAACUGAUCUGGAGGGCAGCACUGUUGUGAGUGCCUCCACAAACCAGAGUCCCAUAUAGUGUAUAUAUAUACAUAUAUAUAUUAGUAAAAUGCAAAGAGCCCUGUGCUGCAUCGUACACCUGCAAUGUCCAGCAUUAUACACUACACGAUGAGCUAUGCAUCUCUCGCUCUCACACACACACACACACACACACACACACACACACACACACACACACACACACACACACACACACACACACACACUGCACUCUGGUAACUUAUGAUGGAGCAGUGGAAUAGAAUCCAAACACAAGACAACACAUCAGUUCCAAUACAAAACACAUUAUUCACAACAAAACACAUCUGCCACAACACAACACAUCAGACCCAAAACAACACAUCUUGUCCCAACACAACGCAUCCGUCACAACCCAAGUAUGUUUUAAGAGCCGAGUGAAAUGUGAGACUUUUGCACAGACACUGUUCCUGCACACGCACAAACACACAUUGACUCGCAGGAAGGUGAGACAUGCUCUGCAGAGUUUGCCUUUGUGUGCUGCAAACCACGGAUGCAGGUCGGUCGCAUGGCUCAUAAUACAAGCACAGACCUCAUGUGUGGAGCACCUGCAACGGAAACUCAAGUUCUGACAUUCUAGUUUUCACUUGACUUUAAGUAUGUGAAAGACUUCUAGGUCAUUAAAGAUAAUCCACAACAGAGAUACCUGCUUAAUACUUAGUUCAACUAGUUUUAAUUUAAGAAAGGAUUGCUUCAUAAUAUAUGAAAAAAUGUGUUGCGUUAAAAGUAUGAUAAUUCAUUUGUAUGGAAAGAGUGAAAUAGCGCUGACUGUUGAAUAGUUUGUUGGUCGAGCCAAACUGCUACUUUCUUCAUAUACUUCAAAUACUGGUUUAAUUUGUAAUGGGAAACCAAAUCUUAAAAAUAUCCUCACAUCCAUUAAUAUUGCCAGGUUAGAGGACAUUUAUUUGCCUCUCCUAAUAUUUUGCACACUAUCUUAGUUGAAUGAGAGAGAGAGAGAGAGAGAGAGAGAGAGAGAGAGAGAGAGAGAGAGAGAGAGAGAGAGAGGAGAGAGAGAGAGAGAAUGUUUGAAUUAUGAAUAUAAUAAAUAUUAAUUGUCAAUCAAUGUCAAUCAAUUGUCAAUCAAUGUUCAAAAUUGUAAAUAAAAGAUUUUUCUAUUACAAUAUAUUUAAUAUAUAAACAGAAUUACACACAAAACUCACUUUGUCCCCUUUAAAAAGAUUGGUAACAAAAUUAUGUUUCCCGCUUUUA